AUGAGAGGCACAGCCCAGACCAAGCUCCUCACCUUCUCCCUUCUCUGCCUCCUCUCAAAGGUGUGUGCUCAGCUAUGCCCAGCACCGUGUGCCUGCCCCUGGCCACCUCCUCGAUGCCCUCUGGGGGUGCCCUUGGUGCUGGAUGGCUGUGGCUGCUGCCGGGUUUGUGCACGACGUCUGGGGGAGCCCUGCGACCACCUCCACGUCUGUGACCCCAGCCAGGGCCUGGUGUGCCAGCCCGGGGAGGGCCCUGCGAGCCAGGGGGCCGUGUGCCUCUUGGGAGAGGAUGAUGGGGGAUGCGAGGUAAAUGGCCGCAAGUACCAGGACGGGGAGACCUUCCAGCCCCACUGCCGGGUUUACUGUCGCUGCAUGGAUGGUGCCUUUGCCUGCGUGCCUGCAUGCAGUGAGGACAUCCGGCUGCCCAGCUGGGACUGUCCCCAGCCCCGGAAGGUGGACGUCCCCGGCAAGUGCUGUCCUGAGUGGGUCUGCACCCAGGACCUGGGGGUCCAAAGCCAUCCCUCUCCCUCACAGAAUCUCCAGUUUUCCGGCCCCUUUGCUACCCCACCGGUGGUCACCCAGUGUCCAGAAUGGAGCACCGCCUGGAGCUCCUGCUCCACCACCUGCGGGCUGGGCGUGGCCACGCGGGUGACCAAUCAGAACCGCCUGUGCCGCCUGGAGGCCCAGCGCCGCCUGUGCUACGCAGGACCCUGCCCACCCACCAGGGGGCGCAGCGCACAGACUCGAGCCUUCUAG